UUCGCAUAUGAAUGAAAUGUUUUGACAAAGCGAAGUCCCGCAAAUCGAGGGUGGGCCCCAGUGCUGAGCGCAGUGCCAAUUAUGACGUCAUAGAAGCCAGACCCAAGAGAUUCAUAAGAGUUCAUCACGAGAACGUUCGAAAAGCUGAAGUUGCCACUACGGAUAUUGAUUCGGGUGAUACUACUUUGCUCCAGCCGGAACGGAGCCUAGAUUACGCAGCGCCAUCUCUCAAACAGCCUAAUGGGUCUCGUAAUCCAAAGGAUUGGGUUUUGUUUUUUGUUCACGGAGUUGGCAGCUCGUCACGUGACUGGUCCGCUCAGAUCGAUCAUUUUAAAAAACUCGGGUAUCGUAUAGUGGCAGUGGACCUGAUCGGGCACGGUGGCAGCAGACCCCUUCCAUCCUCCCCCUCAUCUCCAGCUAGCUUAGUGGAGGAGGACUUCAGCUUCAAACAGAUGGCGUCUGAUGUGCUUGCUGUGUUUGAUCAUUAUGCAGAUGGGAGAGGCAAUGUACUCAUUGGUCAUUCACUGGGAUGCUCCAUUUGCACGUAUGUGGCAUCCAAGAGACCGUAUGCAGUGUCCAAGAUGAGUCUAUUGUGUGGAGGGGGUCCUGAUGUUCUGAAUGCGAGGACUGAUGGAAGGGGAGGGGGAGGAGGGUGUGGGUGUGGUUGUUGUGACUGUUGCUGUGAUAUUCUCUCCCUUCCAAAUUGUUUCUUUUCACUCUUCAGGCCCUGCUGCUAUUCAUACGUCAAGAAGCAGAUGUUUUCGCAGAGCCAUCUCAAGUCAACUCAACAUCUGCAUACCAGCUUAGACGAUGUGUCUCCUGAUGUCAUCAAAUACACGCUAAAGGGUCAGGUGUGGAUGGAGGCAAAUGAGGCGUUCCACGAGGCACUGAGGAUCCACUGUCAGUUGAUUGGAGGAACCGAGGACCAAUUGGUAGAUGGUGACGACGAAGUUCGCAUGUUCCAGACGUUGAGGCUGUGUAGGCUGGACAUGAUAAUAGGUGGAUCCCAUAUGUUGAUGAUAGAGAAUGCAGCCAUAGUCAACUCUCUUCUCCAACAGUUCAUACUGGAGCCCAUACUAGACGAAGCAGAUUUCGCCAAGUUCAACUUCCCCUCAGAUUCUAAAGACGUGCAGUUGGAAGAACAGGUCAAAAAGGCGAAUUCGGAAAUUGUUCGGAAAUCAGUGCUGUUCCACAAAGAUAGAUAACGCCCAUAUCACUCAAAUAAUAAAAUGACAAGUAUGCCCCAACACAACAUAUCUCCAGAGCUGCCAUCCCGUCUCUGCUGGCAGAGCAAAUAUAUCGUCACACCGUUUUGUUUUGUAGAAGCUAUUGAAGUUACAAAUUUUAGAAGCUUUUUGGAUUUAGAAUUUUUAUUUUCAGUUAUAUUAGUUAAACGUAUCUUCUGA